UACUUCACUCAACCGAUUUUCUAAAAAAAUUUCAAAACAAGCCAAAAUAUAUUGAAUAUUCCAUAUCAAGCAGAAACCGUCUAAGCGCAAGAAUAUUGAGUAUUUGAAACUGUAAUUCGACUCCGCUUCACUGAAAAUUUUGGCGAAACCGUUGAACUGCAUAAACUAAAACAAAUUCCAAGUACACUUUGAUUAAAAUACAAAUUAAUAACGAUUUAUUUUGUACCCUAUUGAAGUAGCUGACGGCAUUAAAAUGAAGCGCAUCGGUGGAAAAUCGCACAGCAAUCCAUCGUCGGCUGCGAUGACAUCCCAAACCUCCGAGUCUGAGUGCGAUGCCACCUCAUCUGGGCCUUACGACGUCAACGCAUCAAGCAAUGGUGACUUUGAAGUGGCUCCAGAUAUGCUGGAAAAGUUAAACGCGCUGCGCUUCCUACUAGAAACCGAUCUUAUUGCCUGUGACGCUAAGUGGACGCUCUUUGUGGCAGCGGCAUUGAGCUACCGUUACGACACGCAGCUGAAACCCUUUCCGCCACGCUUUGUCUCCGAUCAGAACGGCUUGGAUAUUGACGCGCUCAUCUUGGUCAUCAACGACACGCCCAAACUGCGUGUAGUGCUACAGAAUAUUGUCGAGCAGAAUUUCGACGAAUUCGAUGCGGACGUCUUGGAUCUGUUGCAUCAUGUGCUGAUUGUGCAACGCGAACCAAUGUUGCACCUUGUGGACGAUAGUGAGUUCGAUGUAAUUUUGAGUAACAUGGGCCAAAGUGAGCAGUUGCCAAGGCCUACGCAUAUAUUCAAAGUCUGUCACAUGCCAAUCAUACACGAAGCCAUACAAGAGGAGCCGGCAUUCAUCGAAAAUGAGCUGCCACCGAAAUUGGCUUUUCACGGUAAUCGCCUCGAUUGCUUCUUUGCGAUGUUGACACAAGCUGGUGGCAGUAAACAGCAGCCACCGAAUACUGAGAAUGCCGGCGAUGAGGUGGAUGCAUCCAUAAAAUUGACCACUGACUUAAAUGUCGCCCUGCAAGAUAGUCCAAACGGCGCAGGCUGGGGUGCAUCAAGUUGUGGUUCGAUGAUUUCGUGCGUUGCGUUUUGCGAAUUCGACAACUAUCCGGAAUUUGUGUUCAUCGACAACGAAAGUUCACUAAUCGAGGUGCGCAAACCCGAUUUGGUGCGCGUACGCCAUUUACUUUUCUAUGGCAGCCGCUUUCCAGACGAUGAUGAGCCGGAAGAAAAACAUGUGUCCAGCUGGAUUGGACGCAACAAAUACUCGCUUUCGCUGGCUUGCUAUAUGUUGCUGCUCGCCUCGAUUAGUAUGGCCAAUAGCGGCAGCGGACAAUACUGGAAGCAGAUUGUAACCAAGAAGGCGCAUAUCUUUUUCGACUUUUGUAGACGCAUUUUUGCAAUGGACUAGUGCGAGUAGACGGCCGGCACAAGGAGAGGAAGAGCACUGCGGAUGUGCGUGUUAGAAGGACUUGUCACAUAAGUUCUCGAGUGACAUUAAAUUUUCUAUUUACCUAUUUUACAAGUGUGCAUAUAUGUGUUUUGAAUAUUUUAAAUAACACUAAAAAUAUUAA